AUGGCUAAGUCCAAGGACAACUCCGCUGGAAAUAACGAGCCCACUCCUACUUCAAGCCGAAAAUCAAAGAUAGACGAGCUAAUCUUAGUGUAUGAAGCAUACUACAAACUAUUCGAAUGGAAGCGAAAGUCUGAGAUAGACAAGCGGAGAAGCAAUGGCGAAACGAUCCUCCAGUUCUCAAUAAAUCCAUACAGCUCUACGGUAUGGAUUACCGUGUCGUGGUGCUUGCAAAACACAUACGACGAUGAUGGCUACAAUGAUGGUGACUGCGAGGAGGAAGACCCCGAAGCCGAGGAGAUCAAGUUGCCUGCGUCUGUCUUUGAAGGAGGGGUUAUGAGAAGAGAAGAUCUGAAGGUGCUGUAUGUCUGGAAGGGAUAUUGA